AUGACAAGAAGUGUGUCCAAUUGUGGCUCAUCCGCUCCGUGCGGUAAUGAAGCAGAGACAGUAGAAAUAAAGAAAGGUGCAUGGACAGAGGAAGAGGACUCUAUUCUGAGCAACUACAUCACCCUUUAUGGCGAAGGCCGAUGGAGCUCUGUUGCUCGCUGUGCAGGUCUUAAGCGAACGGGCAAAAGCUGCAGACUAAGAUGGUUAAACUACUUGAGUCCAAAGGUUCGACGCGGCAAUAUCACACUCCAAGAACAGUUCUUGAUUAUCGACCUCCAUUUCCGCUGGGGCAAUCGGUGGUCGAAAAUCGCGCAGCACUUGCCAGGCAGAACAGACAAUGAGAUAAAAAACUAUUGGAGGACGAGAGUGGUGAGACAGGCUAAACGAUUGAAAUGCGACGAGAAUAGCAAACAAUUUAGAGACGCCUUGCGUUUCGUAUGGAUGCCUCGCCUCCUGGAGAGGAUCCGGGCCUCCUCAUCCUCAUCCGGACCUGGCCCUGUGAAUGCCCAAGCUCAUAGCGACCACUGUCUCACGGCGCUGCCAUCGGCGCACUCCGAACUACUUCAUGCGCAAGUUCCUCCUCUCUCCGGGUCCAACCUGUUUUGCAGUUUUACGGAAGAAGGACAAGUGGAAUCGUCGGAGAUGCAAGCGCUUGAGGCGACCGGUGGUUUUGGAGUUGCCGAGUCUUGGACGGAUGAAAACACCUGGUUCUUGCAACAGCAGCUGUCCGGUGAGAUAUUGAUUAAUCCGACCCAUGGUUGA